CAAUGGGAUAAAGGGCCCCAUUCAGAUCACGGCUUUCGGCGACAUGUUGCAGUUGUCAAGGGCUAACCAGGAGGCCUUGUCCUCUACUGGGGUCAAUCUUACUCAUGUUCCUCACGGUUAGUCUGAUUCUUCAACUUAACUGCUUAUCAUUUCUUUUUGUGUGGUGAGUUUUGUUGUAAUGGCUGGAAAGGUGUAUGAGUGCAGACUAUGAGAUGAAUGAUUUAGUUGCAUAGAUAUAGUUGUUUGUAUGUAUGCCCGUAUAUUUCUAUAAUAAAUAUAUAUAAAAAAGUGCUCAUAUAUUGAGGAAGAUAAAUGCUGAAACAACUUUGUUUCCUUUUGUGAAUUAUUUAAUUCAAUUUGCAAAUGAAUUGAAGUUGGGAAUUAUGUGGUGCAAUGCUGAAAUAAAGUAGCCUAUAGUAUACUCAUACAUGUAUAUUUGUAAUUGUAUCCUAUGAGUGCAAGUGGUGCGACAGGGGUUGAUUAAGUGGAAGAUUGCGUGAAAAAAUUGUAUAUAAAGUAUCUGGGGGAAUGCAGUUGUAUAUCUGAUCUUUCGAGGUUCUAAAAGUGAAAGCAUGAAACCUCCAAAUAUUCUGACCCUCUUGAGCUCUAGCACAGCAGAAUGCUAAAGGUAGCACAAUGGUACACACAAUAUAUGUUGUUACUGAGUGCAAUGAUAUACUGUUUAAGUUUUUUAAGAAAUGUUUAUUUUUUUAAAGUGAUCUAAGCCAACACGUCUAGGAUAUGAUAAAACUAAAGGUUGUUUUUACUACUACUCAAAGUUAUGAGGUGAAAAUAAGUAAAUCAAACCCAAAAAAAAAAAAAAACACUUGAGGAGGAUUGCUUUCAGCAACUUAGAUAAAUAUAAGGACAUUACAUUUUUUGAAAUCUCAAAUUUUCAUGGAUGAUAUAAGGUUGUGUAAACAGUAUUACGACAAAAAAGAAAAAAGAAAAAAGAAAAAAAAGAAGCAUGUUAUGGCAGCACAUAGUGACCAAUAAUAGCACUAAAGGAGAACACAGUUAAGCAGUUAAAGGUGUAAUUCUUUGAGGGUCUAGUGGCUGUUUAACAUGGUAUUAGGGCUCUAGUUGUCACCAAAAUGAGUAUGAGUCGCUAAAAUUUAUGAAAUAACCAAAAAAAAAAAUAAAAAUAAAGGAAAGGAGAAACAAAGAUCUAGAUAUGGCUAUCAGCGUAACAAUGCAUAAAUGUAGCGUUGACCUGGCAUUGCUGCACAAUCGGAGCAGUAACUUGCUUUGUUCUUCAAUGCUCACAAUUUGUAAUAAAGUAAAUAGAUGUUCAAGUUUAAUCUCCCCUUUGUAUGCAUAAAGUGUCCAAGGCUUGUUUUCUCAAGGGCUCUCUCUCAAUUCCUCAAAUGGGGACAUGGGUAUUUGUACUUCCCAGUAUGAAGAAUAGCUAUAUUUUUAACAGCUGCAGAUCUCAGAGUCGACCGUCUCUAAUCAUGGUGGAAAGAACAGUGCUGAUAGGUCUCUUCUUGUAGAUCUUAUGUAUUGGGUUUCUCAAAAUCCCCCACCAGCACAUCUUUUCUUAAUUUCUGGUGACAGGGAUUUUGCUAGCAUUUUACACCGGUUAAGAAUGAACAACUACAAUAUAUUGCUAGCAAGUCCUGAAAAUGCUCCUGGUGUCCUCUGCAGUGCUGCAAGUAUCAUGUGGCCAUGGCAUGCUUUGCUUACAGGUGAAAACCUCACUGGAAAGUAUUUUAACCAACCACCUGAUGGUCCCUAUGGUUCUUGGUAUGGCCAUUACAAGGUACCUCUUGAAGACCCGUACUCAGUGGUUGAGCCUCCAGCACAGCCACAAACUGAGAAGUUGUCUGAACCUGGUUCAGAUUCUAAGCCUCGUCCAAUUCCUACUGCAGUCAUGAAGCAAAUUCGUCAGAUAUUGAAGUCACACCCUAAAGGAAUCUCCAUUACAGACCUUCGCAUGGAGCUUGGGAAAUGUAACUUGAGUAUAGAUAGAGACUUCUAUGGGUAUAAAAAGUUUUCCCGCUUUCUUUCACAUAUUUUAAAUCUCCAAUCGUUAGGUGAUGGAAAAUUUCUUGCACGUGGUGGAAGUGAAAAAUCAUCUGAACCAUGUCAGUCCAAUCUAGGUAUGUCCACAGAAUCUAUUGCUGAUAAUGGAGGCCAGGAUCUUAGUUUAGCCUCACGGUUAGAUUGUGAGCACAAGUCUAUUAAUGUAAGUGCAAAUAGAAAGUUGUCAUCACCUGCAUCCCAUGAAUCAAAUGUGGAAGACCCUAAUAGAGAAUUGCAACAACCCUUUUCACCUAAAUCGGAUGGGAAGUCAAUGUUGCCUCCUUCCCCUGAGAAUGUGAAGUCUUCGGCAAAACCACUACUUUCUGCACUUGAUGAGAAGUCACCAUCCACUCCUUGCACUGAGAAUGUGAAGACUUCAGUGCCCAUUGAUGGAAAGGUUGUCGAAGUGGCUAAAGAACAAGAUAAUGAGCUUCAUUUUCCUCCAGCAGUUGCACAAGGUUCUUCAUCUGAGGUGGGUUAUUUUAAGUGGAUUUGGAGACAAUGGUUUGGCUAUAGAGGUAAUGUUUCAGGGACUAGAAGUCAUGACGGUCAAGAAGAUCAUUACACUUCCGGUAAUGCGACUGAGAAGGAAGGCCAUGACACUCCAGUGAAACAGUGUACUUCUGUUGGUAACUCUGGACAAAGAAAAGAUAAGGAAAAGUUAGUGGGAUCAACGAGUCAGGUCGUUGAUCAAGCACCUCACGUUUCAUCUUCUUCAUCCUACAAUGAAUCAGAUAAGGACAACGAAACUGCGACAAGUUAUGAAGUAUAUACUAAUAAAUCUAAAACAAGUCAAGGGUUUUUUGAGCAGAUAGUAAACUGGUGUAAAUUCUGGAGAAGUAGCCCGUGCUCUGAUAAAUUGAGUGAUCAAUCCUGUGACAGACCAAACCUGAUGAACACUCACUCUCAAGAGCACAUGCUCUUUUCAAAGGAUUCAUUUUGGCGUGACAUGGGAUCUUUCAUGGACACACCUAAAGGAUCAGUUCUUGCUUCCGAAUCAAGGACCAGGGAACAGAUGGCACUGAAUCUUCAGAAGGAAGGACCUUUGUUUCUUAGAUCUCUCUGCAAAAGUGAUCUCGUUCACUUGGUAGAUUUGUUAAUAUCAGAAAAAAAAUGGGUGGAAGAAAGCCCCUCCCAGACGUCACCAUUCAAACUUACCUAUCGCGAUGGCAAGAGUUCUCUAGAUCAUUCUAAUGAUACAAAUAGGUUGACAUCCAUCUUUUUGAAUGAACCAUCACAACAUGACAUACAAAGAUCACGAGAACAUGAUGGAGGGGAAAAAUGUCGGAAUAUUCCUCAUAGUGGAGUUUCACUACCUGCCAUUAAAAAGAAACCCUCCGACAGGUGUAGAAUUGAGAUAAUAGCUGAUUGCCAAAAGCUUGUAAAUGAGAUAUUGAAAGAGUACCCAGAAGGAUAUAACAUGGCCUUAUUCAGAAAGUUGUUUCUUGAUAGGUAUGGCUACCACCUUGAUUUGCAUAUGCUUGGUUAUCAAAAGUUGUCAUCCCUGUUACAAAUGAUGCCUGGGGUUAAAGUAGAGUCCUCUUACAUCAUUCCUGCUUGUAAGACUCCAAAAAUGUUUGAUAUGGACAGUUAUGUCCGUAAUAUCCAAAAACAGACUGUCAGUCAUACAGUGGCUAAUUCAGAUAGUGAAUUAUCUGAUGCGUCAACCAAGGAUGAUGUUAGCGACUCACCAUGGGAAGAGCUGGGCCCUGUCGCCAACACAUUGGAAAAAUAUGAAGUGGAAGUAGCAUCAAGGAGGAAGGCAAUAGGAUCAACGGGUUUUGAUUAUGAACCGUCCCUUUCAGAUGGCUUGUCAGAUUCAGAAGGAGAGACUUCGCCCUUAACUGAAUUAGAAGGAGAAGGUGCGGCCAGAGUGAACAAGGAAGAUAGCUCCCUAUUGCAGAUCCUUGACUCGUGGUACAGCGGUAAGGAUGGCAGAAGUAGCAAGGAGAGGUCAGAGAAUUUUGAAGGGUUGGUUGAUUUCACAAAUGUUUCUAAGCUAUCUGUUUCAUCUGGAGUUGGCCCCAUGAAUGGUACUUGUUCGGCAAACAAAGCCCGCAAGCAAAGACCUCAAAAGAACUACUCUUUUGUUGCAGACUCUGGUGAUAACAAGGACAAGCUAUUUGAUGGCAUAGUAGGUAGCUUGAAGAAAUCAAGUGAGCCAAGGAUGAAGAGCUAGAGGGUUUAAAUAAUUAAGAGUGAGAGCAAGUCAAUGAACAUAUAUCUUCUACAUUCGGAAUAGAUACUAGGAAAUGUAGAACUUGAGUAAUUAAGUGAUGUAAUUCCUGGUCACGCAUCAUUUUUUUGAAAUUAGGUUUCGUUUACAUAUUUGAUUUUUGUAAAAGGCGGAGCCAUGAUUCAGGAUGUUGAUAUAGAUUUUCCUAUCCUGAUUAAUUUAUAAGAUACGGCAUUUCAAAAUAA